UAAAUAGGCAGAGAAGGCUGUUACUGUGUGGUUUUGGAUGAGCGCCGAAACGGUUUGUAGACUUCGCACAUACACAACAGGAUGUAGCGGCGGCGAAAUAAAUAAGAAAGGAGAAGAAAAGCGCGUGCGAAGAACGGAGGUGUAGAUUGUGAGAGUGGACAGAAGCAGAAGCCGACUGUAGCAGGAUUACCCACGGCAGGUUACGAUGACAGCACCGCGGCCCGAGCUUCUAACCUGAAGUACCAUGCGCUUUUGUUUGACGCAAUACUGGAUUUUUACGCACUAAACGGACUCUGACUGGCACAGUUCAGAUUCUUUUGUAACAGAGGGGAGCACUGAAAGAAAGAGGAUAGGAUGGCGAGCCAGAACGACUGCUGUGUGAAGGUCUCUUUGAGGAUCCGUCCCCAGAUGGCGAAGGAGAAGAUUGAGGGCUGUCACGUGUGUACGCUGGUCACGCCCGGGGAGCCCCAGAUGUUGCUGGGUAAAGACAAGGCCUUCACGUACGACUUUGUGUUCGACAUCGACUCGGCCCAGCAGCAGAUCUAUGCUGCCUGCGUCCACAAACUCAUCGAGGGCUGUUUCGACGGAUACAACGCUACGGUGUUUGCCUAUGGACAGACAGGCUCAGGGAAGACCCAUACCAUGGGGACAGGGUUUGACAUGAACGUGCAGGAGAAGGACCAGGGUAUCAUCCCGCGGGCUGUUCGUCAGCUGUUCCUGGGCAUCCAGGAGAGGAAGACACAGGCCCAGCAGCAGGGCACACACCCUCCAGAGUUUAAAGUCAGUGCACAGUUCCUAGAGCUGUACAAUGAGGAGAUCCUAGACCUGUUUGACGGAGCCAGAGACCCAGACUGUAAGAGCAGGAAGUCUAAUAUCAAGAUCCAUGAGGAUGGCAGCGGCUCCAUCUACACCACCGGAGUCACCUCACGACUUGUCAACUCAGAGGAAGAGCUGUUACAGUGUCUGAAGCUGGGAGCGUUGUCUCGUACCACGGCCAGUACCCAGAUGAACGCAUCGAGUUCCAGAUCUCACGCCAUCUUCACCAUCAACCUCUGUCAGAUGAGAGUCUGUCAACAAACUGAGGAGAAUGGUGAGGUGAAUGGAGGUGUAAAUGGAGGUGUGAUUGGGGAGGUGAACGGAGAUGAAAAUGGAGGUGUGAUUGGGGAGGUGAACGGAGAGGUUAAUGGUGUUGGCGGAGAUGGAGGGUCUAUUACCAAGCCUGAGUAUGAGACUUUGAUGGCCAAGUUUCACUUUGUGGACCUAGCUGGAUCAGAGAGACUCAAACGCACCGGAGCAACGGGAGAACGGGCACGGGAGGGCAUAUCCAUCAACUGUGGACUGCUGGCUUUGGGGAAUGUGAUCAGUGCUCUGGGGGACCAGGCUAAGAAAGGAGGACAUGUUCCCUACAGAGACUCUAAACUAACGCGGCUACUACAGGACUCACUGGGAGGAAACAGUCGUACGUUGAUGAUCGCGUGUGUGAGUCCGUCGGACCGGGACUUCAUGGAGACCCUGAACACACUGAAGUAUGCCAACAGAGCCAGGAACAUCAAGAACAAGGUGGUGGUGAACCAAGACAAGACCAGCCAACAGAUGUCUGCCCUGAGGGCUGAGAUUGCCAGGCUACAAAUGGAACUUAUGGAGUAUAAAGCGGGUAAGCGUGUGGCAGGUGAGGACGGCUCGGAGGGCUUCAGUGAUCUGUUCCAGGAGAACUCGAUGUUACAGAGAGAGAACGACACGCUACGCAUGCGGGUCAAAGCCAUGCAGGAGACCAUCGACCACCUCAACACACGGGUAACCACGCUCCUCGCCAACGAGGUCAGCGCGCUGCUGGCCAAGUCGGGUGAGGGCAAUGAGGAGAUUGGUGCUCUGAUACAGAACUAUAUCAGAGAGAUCGAGGAGCUCAGAUCAAAGCUCCUGGAGAGCGAGUCGAUGAACGAGUGUCUUCGUCGCAGUGUAACCCGUCUCUCCUCCCGCUCCCCGUUCACCAGCUCCUCCUCUCAUAGCUCCACCUCAGGGCCACACCCCUUAGGCUCCUCCCCUUCCCUUUCCAUGGAGGCGGAGAUGACGGAUGUGAUUCGUCGAGCCAAGACGGACAUCGAGAGGCUGAAGAAGAAGGAGAGGAGACAGAGGAGGAUGAGCCCAGAGAAAGAGAAAGGGUUGAAGAAACGAGCGAAGCUUCAUUCUCAUGAGAACGGACUUAAUGGAGAAAACGGCCAGAUGGACUCGGAUGACAACUACACAGAGGACGUGAUGUCACCUCUGCAGGAGGAGGAGAGCGGGUGUGACGAGGAAGAGGAGGAGGAGGAGGGGAGGGACGAAGAGGAGUUUGACAGUGAUGAGAGUCUGGUGGACUCCGACUCGGACUCUGAUGAGAAAGCUAAUUUCCAGGUGGAUCUGGCAGACCUGACGAGUGAGAUUGAGAUCAAGCAGAAGUUGAUCGAUGAGCUGGAGAACAGUCAGAAGAGACUGCUGCAGCUCAAGCUACAGUAUGAAGAGAAACUCAUCCUGCUGCAGAACAAGAUCAGAGACACACAGCUUGAGAGAGAUAGAGUACUGCACAACCUCUUGUCUAUGGAGAACUACACGGAGGAGAAGGCUAGCAGGAUUAAAUCCGAGUAUGAGAAGAGGCUGAAGGAGAUGAACAGAGACCUGCUGAAACUGCAGGCAGCACAGAAGGAACACACGAGGCUACUGAAGAACCAGGGACGCUAUGAACAGGAACUGAAGAAACUGCAGCAGGAGGUCAACGAGAUGAAGAAAGCCAAGGUGGCACUGAUGAAGCAGAUGAAGGAGGAGCAGCUGAGGAGGAGGAUGAUGGAGGCCAAGAGGAACAGAGAGAUCGCUCAGCUCAAGAAGGAGCAGCGACGACAGGAAUACCAGAUUCGUUCGUUGGAGAGUCAGAAGCGUCAGCAGGAGCUGGUACUGAGGAGAAAGAGCCAGGAGGUGACAGCCUUACGACGUUUGGCUAAACCCAUGUCUGGACGUAUGGCUAGACGACUACAGCCCCUAGACUCCGGAGCAGAACUGUCUGCCAGCACCACCUCCUCUGAACCAGAGUCCAACCGGACCACCUCAACCAAAGUCUCGAACAUAGUGAGACAGUGGAACACCAAGAUGAAUGGCUACCUGGGAGAGAGCGAGGGGAUUACCACCAACGGGACACAGGUUGUUGGCAGUGGGACGCGUGUCCAGCAGCGAAAGGGUGUUCUCGUGGGCAGCAGUAGUUUCUCCAAGGCGGCCCGUCAGAAGUGGCAGACUCUGGAGAGGAGGAUCCUGGACAUCGUCAUGCAGAGGAUGACCAUCACCAACGUCGAGGCCGACAUGGACCGACUCAUCAAGAAGCGAGAGGAGCUGUCUGUGCAGCAGGAGGCACUGUUGCGUAAAAGGCAGGUGCUUAUGGCUGAGGGGGAGGGGCCUGACGGGGAGGACCGCCUAGUCCAGGAAAUGAACGAGGACAUUGAGGUUCUGAAUGCAAACAUCGACUACAUCAACGACAGCCUAUCAGACUGCCAGGCAACCAUCGUUCAGAUCGAGGAGACCAAGGAUGAGCUGGACUCGGUGGACACCUCAGUGGUCAUCAGCUCCUGCUCUCUGGCUGAGGCCCGACACCUCCUGGACCACUUCCUCAAGGCCUCCAUUGACAAGGGUUUACAGGUGGCUCAAAAGGAGUCUCAGAUCCGUCUGUUGGAGGGCCAGCUGAGACAGACAGAUAUGAUUGGCUCUGCCCAUAACCACAUCAUCCUGGACGCGCUGAAAGAAAAGGCUGAGUGUAUCCCCGAGCUGCAGGCACUCAUACACAACGUACAGCAGGAGAAUGGUUAUGUCAGCACUGACGAGGAGCCUUCAGAGUUUAGCCAGGCCUCUGACGGCAGUGUGUCUCGGAUGAAGUCCUCAGCUAGUCAGGAUGACUGCAAGCUGAAGGUUCAGACUGAGCCCCGUCUGUCAGCCCAGAUGAAAGCGGUGUCGGCAGAGUACCUGGGUCCCGUGUUAGACCCGUCCACUAAGAACAUCACCAAGUCCCUGGCUUCCCUAACAGACAUCCAGGAGAACGGCGGCUCAGGUGGCCUGAGCCUCACUCUCCCCAUCUUUAGAGACAGGGUGUCCAGGACCAUCAGCCUGCCUGUCCGGGGACACACCUUUCCUCGGCAGUCUCGGGGGGGUGACACCUCCCCUCUAACAAGGAGGAAGUCUUAUGACCGAGGCCAGUCUUACAGAAAUGCUGAUGGGCAUACUCCCCCAUCCUCCCCCCCUCUCAGAACUAGAAACGACCGCAAUGUCUUUUCAAGGCUCACCAGCAACCAGAGCCAAGGCUCCGCACUGGACAAGUCGGAUGACAGCGACUCCUCUCUCUCGGAGGUGCUCAGGGGUGUGAUCACUCCCACGGGGGGAGUGAAGGGGGGACGGACGGCGCCCCUCCAGUGUUCAGCCAUAGCAGAGGGACACUCUAAACCUGUCCUCUGUGUGGACGCUACAGAUGAACUGCUCUUCACUGGAUCCAAAGACCGGACGUGUAAGAUGUGGAACCUGGUGACGGGACAGGAAAUCGUCACGCUGAAAGGGCACCCCAAUAACGUGGUCUCAGUCAAAUACUGUUCCUCCUCCUGCCUCGUCUUCUCUGUCUCCACUUCCUACAUCAAGGUCUGGGACAUACGAGACUCUGCCAAGUGUGUCCGCACCCUCACGUCUUCAGGCCAGGUGGUAUCGGGGGAUGCGUGUGUGGGCACCACCACCCGUACCAUCACGGUGGCACAGGGUGAAUACCAGAUCAACCAGAUAGCUCUCAACCCCUCUGGCUCUGUUCUCUAUGCUGCUGCUGGUAACACCGUACGCACCUGGGACCUCAACAGGAUGAUGGCAUUAGGGAAGCUGACAGGUCAUAUAGGCUCAGUGAUGUGUCUCACUGUAGGUCAGUCUCAACUGGGCAAAGACCAGGUCAUCACUGGCUCCAAGGACCACUAUGUCAAGGUGUUUGACGUGGCAGAGGGCAUGCUGGGUAAUUUAGGCCCCGCCCACAACUUUGAGCCUCCGCACUAUGACGGCAUCGAGUGUCUGGCCAUCCAGGGAGACGUUCUGUUCAGCGCAUCACGAGACAACGGCAUCAAGAAGUGGGACCUGGAGAACCAAGAACUCACCCAGCAAAUCCCCAACGCCCAUAAGGAUUGGGUGUGUGCGCUGGCAUACGUUCCAGGGCGACCCAUGUUGCUGAGUGCCUGUCGGGGAGGCAUGCUGAAGGUGUGGAACGUUGAUAACUUCACCCCCAUAGGAGAGGUCAAGGGUCAUGAGAGCCCCAUCAAUGCCAUCUGCACCAACUCCCGGCACAUCUUCACCGCUUCCAGUGAUAUGACAGUGAAGAUCUGGUCAGCAAAGGUGGGGAAGAAGAGGUGACGUUCGGUCGGAGCGUUAUUGUGACAUCAUUAUCUGCGGCCAUCUUUACUGAGGGCCUUCGCCACUGACCUCUGACCCUCUCACCUCAACCACCUCAACCAAUCAGGUGUGACGCUGCAGGACUUCACGGUUACCAACCAUGACCGGGACGACCGGUGUGGAUGACGCGUCGUCGCAAAGUUCAGCCUCCUCCGGAAAGAUCCUAAUGAGGAGUGUGUCUUCAACUGAAAGGCAAAACGGGAAGCUUGAGAGUUUUUGCCUUUUCUUGUUUCUACUGCCAAUCCAACUGGAAGUGCAAUUGAGGUGUGAUGGGAUUUGGACAAGACAAAACCUUUAUUGUGCCAGAUAAUGGCUGUGUGAGGACAAAAAUCAGAAUGCCCAUGGGACGUUCAUAGACACAGCUACUGACUGAUUCAUCUACUCUCCUAUUUAUUAGUCAUUCAAUGGAAACAAGGUCUCCCAGAGGUGAACUGACCCUUGGAGAACACCAUUUCUGAGCCAACUAAAGACUAUGUUUCUAUCUUCAGGGCUGUCUGUGUUUGAUUGUCUACUGGCUGAGAUGAACCAACUGGAAUUCAUGUAUAGCACAGGGGGCUGAGAGAGGGAGUUGUUCAGUAUACAUGCAUUAUGUAUGUUGAAACCACUCGACAGUUUGUUGAGAGUUCACUUCAGCCCUUUGUGAUUCCCUGUCCCUUCAUCUCCAUGGAUGGGUUUUCUGUGGCCUCUACCUUGGCUGCAGGCUGCUGAGUCUGCACUGAGAGAGCCUAGCAAUAAUAACAUCACUACUAACACCAGUCCCGGAGGAACACACACGCACACACACUGCUGUGUUGUCAGGGUGGGAGUGCAGGAAUAAUAGUAUUAUUCACACUCGCACAGACACACCAACCCCACCGGACAGCGGUAUCUCCACAGGUGCCAAAGUUCAAGAUCGUUAUCUCUCCUGUCUCUAUGCGGCCGGAGACUGGCCCGCGUCCCACAUGGCACCCUACUUCCUAUGAAGUGCACUACUUUUGACCAGGGAUUAGGGUGCCAGUUGGGACUCGACCUCUCUCUCUCUUUCUCUCUCUCUCUCUCACUGAGGCUCUCAAGCGCUUCAAUAAGCGCCCCCCCCGGAAGCCACCAUCUCAACCGCUCCUCUCCUCUCACCCUGUGAGUCUGGUAUGCUGUGCGACUCCAUUCUGAGCUUAUUAGCUGUUGCAACUUCUGCAAAACUGGGUUUGAAUCACAGGAGGUUGGUGGCACCGUGAUUGUGGGGGACGGGCUUGUGGUAAUGGCUGGAGCGGAAUAAGUGGAAUUGGUAUCAAACACAUCAAGCCACAUGGUUUGUUUGAUGCCAUUCCAUUCGUACCGAUCCAGCCGUCAUGAGCCGUUCUCCCCUCAGCAGCUUCCACUGGUUUGAGUACAAUUUGAAAUCUUUCAAAUAUUUGUCAGCAUUUCUUCUAGCCUGCCUGGAUUUGCCAGAUGUGGCCCAUGAUGCCAGGCAAGCUCAAUCAAGCACCGAUAAAGUAUUUGGAAUUUCAAAUAGUAUGUGAGCCCAGGUCUGAACUGAUGAUAACUGUAACUGCAGACACCGAUAUAGCUCUAGUUCUGCGCCACAGAGACAGUGGUGGGAGGGAUGGUGAUGCUAGCUAGGCUAAUUGGCUGCUGUGUUAGCCAGUGGUGAUGCUGCAUGAUGGGCAAAAGUCUGAUUAAGUAGGUCAGGACAGGGGAAGAGCGCUUGCGUCUCUAUUGGCACCCUAUUCCCUGCAUAGUGCACUACAUUUGACCAGAGUCCUAUGGGCCCUCGUCAAAAGUAGGUUAUGAGGGAAGAUUCACUAUAUAAGUUAUGGGGUGCCAUUUGGGACGCACACUUUACCAGAUCUUUAUUUAUUCCGUUCAGUAGUUUUAAAGAAGGAACCCUUCCCUGCUGUGUGUGUGCCUUUGGGGUAGUGUGGGGGCGACGCCUGGCACACACACACACACACACACACACACACACACACACACACACACACACACACACACACACACACACACACACACACACACACACACACACA